UGUAUCAGGAAGUGGAGAAAGAGUGCCGGUGCGGGAAAUACAGGAAGCUGAUGGCGUGUCACAAAGAAUAUUUAUGUGAGUCCAAAUGUUCAAAAAGCAGAAGCUGCCAGAAACAUCCAUGUCGGAGGAAGUGUUGCCCUGGCAACUGCCCUCCGUGUGACCAGAUCUGCGCUCGGACUCUGGGAUGUCGCAACCACAAAUGUCCGUCCGUGUGUCACCGAGGAAGUUGUUAUCCCUGUCCAGAGACGGUGGACGUCCGUUGCUCGUGCGGCGCCGCCUCCCUGACGGUGCCGUGUGGACGCGAGCGGAGCACCAAGCCACCUCGCUGCAAGGAGCUCUGCAGGGCUCCAUCAUCCUGCCACCACGCAGCUCGAGAGCGCCACCGCUGCCACGCCGGGCCCUGCCCACCCUGCGCGCAGCCCUGCGUGCUGCCUCUGGCGGGCUGCCCGCACACGUGCCCGCAGCCUUGCCACGAUCACGUUCUGCUCAAGUCCCAGCAGGUGCAGCUGUCCGGGCCGUGGGAACAGCCGUCAGAACCGGCCUUUGUGACCAAGGCCCUGCCCUGUCCCCCAUGUCAAGUGCCGAUACCAGUCUCCUGUUUUGGAGAACACGAGGUGAGCGAGGUGCCGUGUUGCCGCCAGGGCCGCUUCUCCUGCAAGAGGCCGUGCGGCCGACCGCUGAGUUGCGGGAACCACACGUGCGGCAGAGAGUGCCACCUCCUGGACGACAGCAACAAGGUACAACGGCCGUGACGUCCCCGCCAUAUUGAA